GUACCUACAAGCAAGUGUGUAUCGAGUGGACCAGCGCCAUUAUUGACACAUCUUGAAUUAUCGACAUCCAAAAGUAAUCCGUUAUAAUCACGACAAUUCAGAGCCAUCUCUAAAUUUCGUUACACUGAGUUGUAAAAGAUGUCGCAGAUUCCGGCCAAAAUAGUGCUUAAAAGCACCACGAAAAUGUCGCUGAACGAUAGAUUCACCAACAUUCAAAAUGCAAGACCAGCCCAACAAGCCACCGUCCAGAACAUUCGUGCCAAAAUGGUUGCCCAGCAACAAGCGUCUGUCGCCAACCGUCGUCUGGCCCUCCAGAUGGCCAACAGACCCACAGUACAAGCUGCUCUCCGGGUAAAGAAGCAAAACUUGAAGCAGAGGCUUGGUGUUAAAGCGAGACUGAACUUGAACGCUGUGAGAGGUGGAGCUGCCGGUGGAGCUGUCGGUGGAGGCGGGGAUGGACGUGGACGUGGUGGCAUGAGGGGGAUGAGGGGACGCGGAGGAUUCCGAGGUGCUCGCGGCCAGAGAGGAGGUGGUGAUGCCAUGAGGAUGGGCAAUCAGCGCGGCAUGAGACGGGGACGUGGCGGAGGGGAUGUCGGAAAUAGGGCACGAGGAGGGUUCGGACGAGGUCGUGGAAGGGGAAACUUUCAGAACCAGGCACAGAAUCAGGCACAGAACCAGUCACAGGACAACUCCAUGGGAGGGUUCCGAGGGGGACGUGGCAGGGGAUUCAGGGGAGACAACUGGAGAAGCAGGGGAGACAACUGGAGAAGCAGGGGUAGAGGUCAAGGAGGCAACCGUGGCACAGGACAAAGUCCCAUGGGAAGGGGGCGUGGCCGAUUCCAGAGGGGGCGUGGUCGUGGAGGUCAGCGAGGCAGAGGUCGUGGGGGCAUACAGACACAGGUCAGCAAAGAGGAUUUGGAUAACCAGCUGGACGUCUACAUGUCUAAGACCAAGAACUACCUUGACCACGAACUGGAUGCCUACAUGCAGCAGAGCGACAUCUGAGAUAUUGGGAAGCACAGGAAAUGUUAGAGAAAACAUCCGGAGGAAAAACAUUACACGGAGACCUCAGGAAACAUCGGAAAUGUUACAGAAAACAUCCAGAGA